CGGAAGUACGGAGAGAAGCUAAAAAACAACAUCGUUUCUCUCCCAAAUCUGAAAUGUUUGUGGUGGCUAGCUAACCUGCUAGCGACAGUGGGGUCGCUACAUUCAGUGUGAUAAACCGCCGGAGUCUUUACGCCCUGCUCUCUCUGCUUUCCCACCCUCCCACCCCCUCUCCUGCUGCUCCAUUGUCCUGCCCGAAGACCUGCACCCUCCCCCUUCUCCUUCAGACCCUGUGAUGUCGCCUCCCUGUGAUGGUUUCCUGUCACAGUACACCCACCACCAUCUGGUUGCCUUCCUCCUCACCUUCUUUAGCUAUGUGCUUCUGCACGCCUCACGGAAGACCUUCAGCAAUGUGAAACUGAGCAUUUCAGCACAGUGGACCCCCUCUGUUCAAAAUGACAGCAGCCCAGCCUUCUCUCCAGCGGAGACCUGGGAAGACAAUAAGUUGUUUGCAGACUCUGAAGAUGCUACACUAUUCCUGGGGGCCCUGGACACCAUCUUUCUCUUCUCCUAUGCUGUUGGCCUGUAUGUGAGCGGGGUCAUCGGGGACCGGCUCAACCUGCGCUACGUCCUCUGCUGUGGACUGUGUGGCUCAGCCGUGGUGGAGUUUGUUUUUGGGACACUAACCGAAUGGCUGCAAUUCUACAACAUCUACUUCUACUGCGCUCUGUGGGUCCUCAAUGGCCUGCUGCAGUCUGCUGUCUGGCCCUGUGUGGUGGCCGUCAUGGGAAACUGGUUUGGAAAAUCCGGCCGCGGAUUCGUGUUCGGCCUGUGGAGCGCCUGUGCUUCGGUGGGGAACAUUCUGGGGGCUUUCCUGGCGUCCAGCGUGCUGAAGUACGGGUAUGAGUAUGCCUUCCUGGUGACCUCUGUCGUGCAGUUUGCGGGUGGAGUGGUGGUGUUCUUUGGUCUGCUCACCUCUCCCAAGGAAGUUGGUCUGAUCAUGACUGACCUCAGACCAAGGGAGCGGGACUCAGACAGUCAGAGACCACUUAUUAGUGACGAUGAGGAGGAGGAGGAGGAGUUGUGUGAUGCAGAUAACUGCACCAUUCAGUCGCAGGAUGAGGAGAUGGAGACCUCACCCACUCCCAUAGGCUUCUGUCAGGCCUGCUGCCUACCUGGAGUAUUGCCAUACUCCCUGGCCUUUGCCUGUCUGAAGCUGGUCAACUACUCCUUCUUCUUCUGGCUGCCCUUCUACCUCAGCAGAAACUUUGACUGGAAGGAAGCUGAGUCCGACAGGCUGUCGGUGUGGUACGAUGUGGGCGGGAUCGUGGGUGGCACCGUGCAGGGUCUGAUCUCUGACUUCCUGGGCAAGCGGGCCCCAGUGUUGGCGGUCAGUCUGUUGCUGGCCAUGGGUUCCCUGGUGGGCUUCAGCCAUUCCCCGAAUGAUCGAGUGAUAAACGCAGUUCUUCUGGCUGUCACAGGGUUCUUCAUCGGCGGACCCUCCAGCUUGAUCAGCUCGGCCAUCUCGGCGGACCUCGGCAGACAGGAGGCGCUGCGGGGGAGCCACGAUGCGCUCGCCACCGUCACCGGCAUCGUGGAUGGGACUGGGAGCAUCGGUGCUGCUGCGGGACAGUACCUGGUGUCCCUGAUUGAGAGCAAGCUGGGCUGGAUGUGCGUGUUUUACUUUUUCAUCGUCAUGACAGGGGGCAGUCUGGUCUUCAUCUUUCCCCUGCUUGUGAGAGAGGUGUGCACCAUGUGGAGGGACAACCGGGGACGGACACACCAGCUGUGAGGGCCGGAUUGUCCCCGCCGCUGCUCUGGGGCCCGGGGGGGCAUGCCCCUCCUGCGAACUGCCCUCUUCGAGGGACACCCCCCAACUGACGGAGCACUGACCGCCCCCCAGACUCCUCAACUGCCCAAUCACAGACUGCUACAGAACCAGCAGAUGCCUGCAGUGUCAGGCGCUUUGCUGAAAGAUGUUGGUUGGGAGUGAAGGUGUUCUUACACUACUUUGUGAACAGAGAAAUGCUAGACAAGGGGCAACCAACCAAAUUAUGAUAACCAGCUGGGAAACUAGCUGUUACUGUUAAAAUGGUUCGCGCAGCUUUUGGCAGUUCUCAUUUUUGUUUUGUCCUGUAACUUUGUGGACCACGAGCCAAGUGAAAAGUCAAAGGCCUGUUUCGGGUGAGGGGCUGGCCCCUCUCUUGUACUGCUCCCAAGAAUGGGGAGUCGCCAGCUUAAUAUCAGUCAUUCCAGUCCUAUGAGCUGUCUCUGGGCAUUUUGGCUAGUGAUGGCUGAUGUGAAAGUGUACCUUGGGGCCUUCUAGGACAGCGAUCAGGUCACCUUGUGAAGUUUGCCAUGUAUAUAUGCACAUCCAGAAAAAGAAACGCACACUGACAAAAAAUCUUACCUUUCCCCUUCUCUUUUGAUCCGCAAUUACUGACAGUGGGUAUAUAUGGUCUCUUGUCAAAUGAUACAGUUUAAACUGUAGCAUAAUGGUUUCUUUAAAAAAGAAAGAAAAUUGUGAUAGACACACACGUAAUCCUUUUGUCAAUCAGCCCUUUUUCAUCAUUGGCAUGAUUUAGUUGUCUGUAGUCAGAUAGACGCAUUGAAUAUGGUACUGUGAUUAAGAAAAAAAACCGCUGGGACUAUGUGGUAAUUCUUGCAAUGCAAUCCCAGAAGUGCCAGGAGGUGCUCUGUUUUGCUGCUCUGUCAUGGACUGAAAUGUGCUUUUUAAAGAUAAGUGGUUCUUCACGUUUGCACUUUUGAUUUUAAGCUGUUUUAUUUCUCUAUGUAAUGCUUGGAGACUGAGUUGGCAUUUUUUUUAAUAAUGAGUCUUAACCGUUGUUAUCCAUUUCCACUGUCUUCAAUUUCAUAUGCUUUUUGGAAUCAAUCAUGUGGGCUCUAAUGCAAUCAGUGGGACAAGACAUCACCAGUUGUUACUGAACAAUCCCAAAAGGGACAAGACUUGAUAUUUUCAAAUAAAUACAAUACAUUCAAAUGA